AUGCCUUAUUUUCCAUCAGGUCAUGCUGGGUUUUUUUAUUGUUACGGAGCCUUUAGCUGUAGCAAUGAAGCCGCUGUUGAAGAAGAUAGAAGAAUGAAGAUUUUAUAUAGCUGUUGCUGGUUCGAUCAGGAAGUUGAUAACCUAAAUGCAAGGCGGAUGGAAGAAUUCCUUGUAACAUUUGAUAUGGUCAGGUUCGUGCACGGUGAAACUCACGUUAAGCAUGGAACAUUGGAUUUUGUGGCCGCUACAUCGGUCAUCGACAGCUUCAAGAAGUUUUGCGGUAAUUUGAUUUGGAAUAGUUUACCAACAGAAUUGAAGACCAAUGAAGUUGAUGAGACUGUCUUUAGAAAGAGAAUACGAGCGCACUUGUGGGAUAAAGCGUUCAUGAGAACUUGA